AUUUCCGUUAGUUUGCGAGAUUUGGAGGCAUCGCGUGGGGAGAGGGCCGCGUCUGUGGAGGAGCUUGGCUCCGCACUUGCUGGGCUGGCGAACCUGAAAUUGGGCUUGGAACCCGGGCGCCAGAUCUUGCACCCUGAACUGCACCUCUGUCAAGAGCCCAGAGGAGAAAGAAUGGCUGUUUCAGUAGCAAUGUCCAAGCUCUGCAUUCUCCAGACUCUGUGCUUUCCUAAGAUAGGAACCCAGAAGAGGACUGAUCAUUUCUUACAGCUCUAAAAACCAUGGCUCGGAAAUUAGUGAUGUUCAGGGAUGUUGCCAUUGACUUCUCUCAGGAAGAGUGGGAAUGCCUGGACUCUGCUCAGAGAGAUUUGUAUAGAGAUGUGAUGUUGGAGAACUAUAGCAACUUGGUAUCACUAGCACUCUGAAGAUAUUAUUCCACUGUCCUCUGGCUUCUAUUGUUGCUCUUGAGAAGUCUGCCAUCUGUUUCAUUGUUAUUCCUUUUACUUGCCUUCAAGGUAUGCAAGUAAGGACUUAUCUCCAGAAAAGAACACUUAUGAAACACAAUUAUCCCAAUGGGAAAUGAGUGACAGACUUGAAAACUGUGAUCUUGAAGAGUCCAAUUCCAGGGAUUAUUUGGAAGCCAAAGGCAAGAGGGAGAAGCAACAAGAAAAUCAGAAGGAAUAUUUCAGGCAAGGGAUGAUCAUAUAUGACAAAAUGUCCAUUUUCAACCAGCAUACUUACUUAUCUCAACAUUCAAGAUGUCAUUCUACUGAGAAACCCUAUAAAUGUAAGGAAUGUGGGAAAGCCUUCAGACGAGCCUCACACCUAACACAACAUCAAAGUAUUCAUACUGGUGAAAAACCUUAUGAAUGUAAGCAAUGCGGGAAGGCCUUUAGUCGUGAUUCACAACUCAGUCUUCAUCAGAGACUUCAUACUGGUGAGAAACCCUAUGCAUGUAAGGAAUGUGGGAAGGCCUUUACUCAAAGCUCACAACUUAUUUUACAUCAUAGAAUUCAUACUGGUGAAAAACCAUAUAAAUGUGAAGAAUGUGGGAAAGCCUUUAUUCGUAGCUCACAACUUACCCGACAUCAAAAAGUUCAUACUGGUGAGAAACCUUAUGAAUGUAAAGAAUGUGGGAAGGCCUUUACUCAGAAUUCACAACUUACACUACACCAGAGACUUCAUACUGGUGAGAAGCUCUAUGAAUGUAAAGAAUGUAGGAAGGUCUUUACUCAGCUCUCACAACUUAUUCUGCAUAAGAGAAUUCAUACUGGUGAGAAACCCUAUGAAUGUAAGGAAUGUGGAAAAGCUUUUAUUUGUGGCUCACAGCUUUCUCAACAUCAGAAAAUUCAUAAUGGGGAAAAACCAUAUGAAUGUAAGGAAUGUGGAAAGGCCUUUAUUCGGGGCUCACUACUGAUGCAACAUCAGAGGAUUCAUACUGGUGAAAAACCCUAUAAAUGCGAAGAAUGUGGGAAGGCCUUUAUCCGUGGCUCACAACUUACUCAACACCAGAGAAUUCACACCAAUGAAAAGCCCUAUGAAUGUAAGGAAUGUGGAAAGAUGUUUAGUCAUGGCUCGCAACUUACUCAACAUCAGAGAAUACAUACUGGUGAGAAACCCUAUCAAUGUAAGGAAUGUGGAAAGGCGUUUAAUCGUGGCUCACUCCUUACACGACACCAGAGGAUUCAUACUGGUGAGAAACCCUAUGAAUGUAAAGAAUGUGGAAAAACCUUUAGUCGUGGCUCAGAACUUACUCAACAUGAGCGAAUUCACACGGGUGAGAAACCCUAUGAAUGUAAGGAAUGUGGGAAAUCUUUUAUUCGUGGCUCACAGCUUACUCAACAUCAGAGAAUCCAUACUGGUGAGAAACCUUAUGAAUGUAAAGAAUGUAGAAUGGCCUUUACUCAGAGUUCACAUCUUUCCCAACAUCAAAGACUUCACACUGGUGAGAAACCCUAUGUGUGUAAUGAAUGUGGAAAGGCCUUUGCGCGUGGCUUACUACUUAUACAACAUCAGAGAAUUCAUACUGGUGAGAAACCAUAUCAAUGUAAGGAAUGUGGGAAAGCCUUUAUUCGUGGUUCACAGUUGACUCAACAUCAGCGAAUUCACACUGGAGAAAAACCCUAUGAAUGCAAGGAGUGUGGUAAGGCCUUUAGUCAUGGCUCUCAGCUUACUCUACAUCAGAGAAUCCAUACUGGUGAGAAGCCCUAUGAAUGCAGAGAAUGUAGAAAGGCCUUUACUCAGAGCUCACAUCUUUCUCGGCAUCAGAGAAUUCAUACUGGUGAGAAACCAUAUCGAUGUAAGGAAUGUGGAAAGGCCUUUACUCGUGGUUCACAGCUAACUCAACAUCAGAGAAUUCAUAUCAGUGAGAAAUCUUUUGAAUAUAAGGAAUGUGGGAUUGACUUUAGUCAUGGCUCGCAAGUUUACAUGUGAAUUGUCUGAUUCUUUGAGAUCACUAUGAAGAGGUUCUCUGGUUGUUAUCAGCAAAGAAUUCUCACAAAUGUGAAUAUGGGCACACAUUUGCCUCAAAUCACAGCAUCAGAUAAUUUAUGUGAGAGAAAGAAAAUGUUAGUGUCAUUCAUAUAGAAAAACCUAUCAUUACUGGAAACCUAUUAAACAUUAGCAAAUCGGAGAAUAGUUUUAAUAUAGUAAAUGUAGGAAGCCCUUUAGCCAUAUUGAAAACAAAUAUCUUUUUCAACAUUAUCUUAGCUCUACUAGUUGAUCUUUUUGUUAUAUGUAUCAUGAUACUUAACCUCUACCUUGGUUUAAUCAUUUUAAGGUAGACCUAAGUAUAUUACCUUUAUUAUAAGAUUCUUGGAAGUAUUAUGUAAGUUAUUACAUGUAAAAGCUCUUAGAAUGGUGCCUUGAACAUAGUAUACUACAAAUAUUAGCUACCAUUUUCACUAGUAUUAUUUUAGAGAAUUUGCAUGAGAGGAGAGUACUUAUGAGUGUAAUGAAAAUAGGAGAGUACUUAUGAGUGUAAUGAAUAUCAACACAUCCUAGAUGACUUGGUUGGGGGGCACUGUAUGCCAUAAUGAAUGUGAGAAAGCUGUCAUUUAAAUCUCAUCCAUUAUUGCUAUAAGAGGAAAUUCAUACUGUUAAAAAAAAAAACCCAGUGGAUUUAAUCAGUGUAUUAUUGCGCACAGCUGUUAGAGAAGUGGGGCAAGGUGUGAAGUGAUUUUUAACAAAGUCUAAGAUCCAAAGUCUAAUAAAUCUAGGAAUUUUUUUAAAACCUGAAUGUAUUGCUUUUGAAGUAAACAAAAUAAGAACUGAUAUUACAGACUAUUUUGCAAUGAAAAAUGAUGAGAGUUUGUGAUACAGACUGCUUUUUUCCUACCCUAUAUCUAUUUUCUCUUUUUUAGUAACAAAUUUCUGGGCAGAAAAACUAUCCCAGCCUUCCUUGCAGGUCAACAAGCUAGAAGUGGUAUUUAUAUGAGUAGGAGAUUUAUGAAAUCCAUUUUUCCUGUCUUUUUUUCCCUGCCUACAAUGUGGACAUCUAAGCUGGAGCUCCGAUACUCUCAUGGGGACUUUGAGAAUGGUAUCUGGGUGUUAUGGAUCAUGGAGCAGAAAUACAGAAGGAGUCUGCAACCCUGAUGACUUUGUGGAAUAGCCAUACUAGCUCUGGUCUGCUUGCCUCCUGUAUUUCUUUAAAUAAAAUUAAACAUCUUA